AAAUAAAUAGUAAUAAAAUUUACUUGUUUAUAAAUUUGACGCAGAUUUGAUUUUAGAAAGCCAUCGAAAAUGUCAACAUUCGCAACUGCUGUUUUAUUGUAGGCACGGCCGAAAUCACCACUCUCCCGAAACUGAAAAUAUGGCGAUGGAUUUCAACGAUGCGUUGGAUGACAUAGUGCUGGCGGAAGAAAAGUGUGUCUUUUAAUUUUGCACUUCUGCAAUUUCUUUCGAUUUGGGAAUUAGUACUUCCUAUGGCGCCCUGUUUGUUUCUGAGUAGUUCCUAGCUUUUUGUGUGGGUAGAAACGGUCAGAAAGCUCAUCAAACUAACGCUCAUUUACGCCACACGACAGCAACCGUUGCCUUGCGUAAGAGCUAAAAAAAAAAAAAAAAGGUUGCGUCUAAAUAUUUAUGUUGCUGUGACCUUUACUCACGAGAUCCCGAGGUUCGUUCCGAGCCAAGUGUUUCUGAGCCUGUGGUAGCGAACGGAGUGUUUGAAAGAUAUAUGUUUCUUUCUGGAAUCGAUUGUGUCAACACACAGAGAUGCUAGGUGAGCCAGGAUUAAUCUUGCGAUGAACUGCGAGGCUCAUCCUUCUAUUCACCGUCAUUUUUGUUGUGCUGCUUUGUUCUCGUCACCAGGCGUUCCUUCCACUCCUAGCGCCUUGCCGCGUGUGAUGUGAACUGAAUGAUUUGAGUGUUGACCCGUGCGUGUUGGGCGGUAGAGCGUUUUAGAAAAGCCACAUCCGAAACUCACUACUGCUGCUUGCUUCGUGCUAUUCUGGCCUGAAAAGCCUUGUCUCCUAGACUUCCCCCCGCUACGGCCAGCAGAUAUGGAAUUUCAGAGGGGUCGACACCCUAAACCGAAACAGAGCUAUUCGGAAGAAGGGCCCCCCAUCGACGCCAGGCCUAGGGUUUACCCCAAACCCAGACAUAGCAACUCCGAAGAAGGGCCGGCACCUGGUGAACAGAGAUAUCGGCAGAUGGGCUUUACUCGCGGUUUCAGCCUCGGAGAAGAAGUUGGAUGGAGAGACGGCUACCAGCUCGGAUUGCAGAGGGGAGCCCAAAUUGCUACUGAGCUGGGAUUUUAUCAAGGUUUCGUACAUGCAUGGAUAACAGUCUUGGAACGUGAAGAGAUCGCAAAGCAGAGGAAAAUGGUGGCCCUGAAAGCACUUCUCGAAAUGACGAAGAACUUUCCCCAUGUCAACAUAGCAGACGAAGACAUGUUUGAAAAACUUCACAAGAUCCGAGCUAAGUUCAAGCAGGUUGUGGCUAUACUGAACAUCAACACGCAAGAGAGCGAACUCCAUCCCGAGGGAGAGCCAUCGUCUCCACGGCCCGAGAUGUCCUUCUGAUGACCUUCAAUCUCCGGGGUUCCCACAGAGGAAGUGGGUGGCGGCAGCCCCGAACCUGAGACCGCGGUGGCAGCGUCAACACCGUUGCCCCCAACAGAGCCCGCACCUCCUGCUGCCACCGUCAUGUCACCGCCUCCCAGUGCUCAAAGAGCAACGCCGGUUCCCAUCAGGCCUCAGCGCCGGCGAUUCUCGGCUCCGGCUUCGGCGGGUUCGACACAGCAGUGCUCUGUGCUGUGAGGGUUGCUCUCUGUUGGAUGAAUUCGCCGUCGCAACUUGGCCAGGGGUGUGGCAGACCUUGGCCAUUCCUUACAGAUGGGAUCAGAAUUGAAGAACCAGCGCUAGGUUGUUGCGACACAUUUUAAGUGGUGGCGAGGGGGGAGGGUAGGAGUGGACAGACUUAAUGUACACAACAUCGGCAGUGACCUGCCGCAACACAGUGUGCCAAAGUUUAAAGGAAUCCCGCAGUGCACUGUAGCUGGCCUCAUACUCAUGACUUCAGUCAUCGUCGGGAUCCUUCUCAGGUGAGGGGUGCACACUGGUAAUGGGCACACAGUGGUGACAAAAGGGUGCAUACUGGUUGACUUCAGCAGCAGAAGCAAAGGUGGUUACUGUGUGUACGCAGUUGUCAGUGUACAUUUUGGCAACAACAGUCUCCAGGAAAACAUGCUUGCAAAUGCAUCCUGAAAACAAUGCACAACUGUUUGUGAGAAGGUAGUGCUCAGACAAAGGCUUUUUGUUUUUUAAUUUCAGACUCUUGCCGUAUGGUAUAAGUGAUUAAAUGUACAAAUCCAGGCCAGUUUCGGCAAUAUAUGUCAGUACAUUUUCUUGGUCAAGUACAAAAGAGACAAAGAAAGGUGCUUGAAGACCAAUUUAUAGGUUUUUUUUUUUAGAGUAUUCAUCUAAUUAGGAGCAUUAAGUCAUACUUGGACAACAUUAGCAGCCUCAUUGCCAAGCAGGCAAAUGGCUUCAGCCGAAACGAAUACUCUUGUCACAAGAAAAACCUGACGUCACUGAGCUGUGACAGAACUUGUGGUUGUGAACUGAUUUCCGAUGCACAUUGUUACACAGGCGACACAGUCUAAAUGUUUAAAGGCCCGGCACUGUGCUCUGACCUGACCCAGGCUUUUCCCAUUCUUUUCCCACAGUCUUUUACUGCGACAAGAUAGGGAUUUCUGCAACAUUGGCAUAUCGAAACCGCAACAAUUGGAGCAAGUUGAUGCAGGCAGCAAGUCCCACUUGUUGCCCGCACUUUUCAUUGUGUCCGAACCAGCUCCUCUGCUUCUGCUGUUUCAGCCAACUGCUACUCACUGCCAAGCUGCGAUCCCAAAGUUGACUGAAGUCCGACUAUGGACCAUGCUCUGCUCGGCGCUGAGUCAUGAUCCUGUUUAAUGUAGCCAACUUUUUUAAUAAUGCUGUUUGUGCACACUAAAGGUCGAUGCUGGGCUGCAAGGAGAAUACUGCCACUGAGCCAAUGUUGCAGCACGGUUCCCAGCGCUUCGGUUCCCCCCUCCUGACAUCAAUGUACAACAUGCGCACGUAUGCACGCGCGUCUUUGUACGAGUCGCGGAGUUCUGGUGCCGAAACUGCGAAGACUGCCUUUCUUUUUUUUUUCUUAUACGCCCUAUAGUACUCUGUGAGCUCAGUGUCACUGCCUCACACUUGCCUGGUGGGUUUUGGCAUCCGAAGUAGCCACUUGCUAACAUGUACGUACAAACAUUUUACACUUCGUGUCACUGAACGACUUGAGAGUGUGUACGGACGAGGGUCUUCAGACUUGGUUCCCCAAUGAGUACAGGUCUGUGCGUCCGGGUCGAUACGUGUUACCCGCUUGUUGCUUAAAACCUCUCAAGCUGUGGCUGGGAAAACAGUGGUAUCGGCGUGGCUUGAAAUCGUGUCUCGUGCUGGUUCGAUGCAACAGUGAUUGUUUUGACUGUCUGAGUAAAAUAUUUUGGCAUUGCCAGCUUUCAGAACUGCUGUUACAUACUGCAGAAGGGCUGAUUGACUGUCCCUAUGCUGUGUGCGAUUCUUUGUCAGUUGUUUCAAGAGCAGCACCAGGGUUUGGCGGCACAACUGGAUGAACUAUUUCAGCACUGUGGCCUCUUAGUCGCUCGCUGAAAGGUGGCUUGUUUUUUGAACCAAAAGCUACUUUGUGUUCAGAUACAAGUGACAUGUGCCAGAUUGUACCUGCUCAUGCUUCUGAACACUAAUGCAUUGUUUAGUUAUUUGUUUGAGCCUCAAUAUAACGAACAUUGAUGUACCGUAUCUUGCGGUGUAUAAGACGUGUCUUUCUUUUUUUCAUAAUUUUCGCUGGUGUGUUUUAUACAGUUGUGCAAACUUUAUGUGCAUAAAGAAAUGCAUGCUGGCACAACCAACAUGUGCAAUUAUUAUUAUUGCUUUUCUUUUUGAGUGCAAGAAACCAGGCGUUGUAGCAUUCAGAAAGUAAUCAAAUCUUUUACCGACAGUGGAGCGACAGUUGGCACAGAUGUUGGCUUCUAGGGUUUGCUGCUUAGGCAGCACGGCGGCGGCAGUGAAGGUCAGCAGUGAUUCCAGGUCUUCGUGAUUCCAGGUCUGGAUGUAGUUCUCCGUUAUAGUUUAGUUUUACUUUAAAAACAAGGGUUAAACCCAUAAAACUGACGCAAUAAAUAACGAAAGGAUGCCAUAAUUUUUCACUUUUUCGUUAUGGUAACCAAAAUAUACCCAUUCCAAAAUCGGCACUUAGUUAUCAUCAUCAGCUGGCUGUGCGUGUCCAUCCCAAGCACGCCAUGCUGCAGAGGCAAUGCCUGCAACGUGCCUGAAAUGUCGCAUAAAAUUUAUUCAGAAGCCGACGGUGGUUCCCCAGCAAUGCUGCCAGCCAGUGUGGCCAAAGUUUUUGACUCUGUCGGAGGACAAGGUCUUUGAUCGCUUCGAGUGAAGGGCAACAAAUGUUAAUUUACUGCACCUAAGAGAAGUGUUAUUUGCAAAUUUUUUUUCUGCUGGGAUUUGCAGCUAAAAAAUUGUUUACCCAAAUUUACUAACAUGAUAUGUGUAAAAAUUCGGCAUUUUUGCGGUGAGAGUACAUGUGUGCAUUGUUUCAUUACCCCGACCGAGGUAAAAUAGGUUUUUCCUAUAUACCGGUGCAAUUUAUGUGCCAAUUUUUUCCUCGACACUUGCAAAAAGGCGGGUCCAAGUGCAGCUUAUACAAAGGUGCAAUUUAUCAUCCAGGAAAUACGGUAAUUAAAUUUGUGAUUUAACAAACUUUUCUCAUCUCGAUAUUGCCUUGACUGAAGACCAUGCACCUGUUCCUGCGACUCAGCAGUGUAACUUUGCUUUGCACAUAAGUCUUCAUAAGUUACCACUCUGCUGUGCAAUACCGGAGCUGCUUUCAAGCUGUGCUGCAGGUACUGCACUGACACGCCGAGCUCUGAACAGUAAGAACAAGCAUACUUAUUGCAUGCUAACGCUAAAAUACAACUGCUCCUGCACGGCCAAGCAUGCUGUGGUUGCACAAUCAGUGGCUCUGUAACUUCUGAAACACUCUGUAGAUUUUUAAAAGGAAUUUAUUGCGCUAAGAGGGCACAAUGCUUGCAAUGUGUGGCUGCAGAAUCAUUCUUGCGGCCAAGCCAGUGUUGCCAUUCUUGGAACUUGCACCACCUUGGCGCCAAUCCGCAGAAACACUCAACUGACAAUGUUGUUGUGCCAGGUUUACGAAGGAUUUAGCCUCGCACUACCAUUUACUUGCCUCGCUGUUAAUUCAUUCACUGUCUUGGUCCUGCAGUAGUCUCGGGUCUAUAUUCCUGGGCUAAGAUGAAUAUUCUUUGAACUUGGAUGACGGCAGAUGCCUCGUGGCUGCCUGGCUACCUGCAGGCAAGCGGAGUCGACAUUCGCCUUUUUGAAAUUCUGCUCAUGGCACACAGUUAAGUGCGCCCGGUCUUAAUCGCUGUGACUUGGAUGUCAUGAGUGGUUAUAACAUGCACAGCUGCAGCCUGCUUGCAUCCGAGUCUCCCGUCAGUGGUUUUUCCUACAGUUCAGCCAUUGCACGCUUUACUUAACGCAAGAUAGACCACUCAGAGCUAGCCCCAAGUUUGUCUGCCUAAUCUUCCUGGGGACUGCAGGAUGAUGUCAAAGCUUUCGACACCUCACUCAGUACUUGAACACAAAAAUUAAUAUAUUGGACAAAUGAGCAAGAUGUGAAGACGGCAAACAGUCACAGUUCGUUCUCACACUAUAGAAGUGACCUGGGCAUUAUGCUCAAGGAACCUAGGGACAGCAGAACAGCCAGAAAGGCGACCAGUAGCGCCAUGGGGCAAGUGUACAUGCUUGGAAUGGGGUGAGAUCAUUCUAUAAAGCAAAAGGAACAAACCUACACUGCAGAUAAAUUUUUCUGUUUGUGUGUUCGCUUGUUUCGAGUGUGCUAUAUAGCACGUAAUCAGCAGAGCAUACAGAAAGCGGUCCCAAAGUGAAUCGCAGCAGUGGGAGCGUUUGAUAAAACUAUCAAAAGGGUAACUAUAGGAGCUGCUGAAAAAUUGUGAUAUGCAGAAUUAUGCAACAUUAUUACAAUGAGCACAAACAAAUUAUGAUUGGAAGUGACACCAGAAGUAAACGGGCAGUAUAAUGUGAAAAAGAGCUGGAAUACAGCAGUUCUUGAUGUGGAUUAUCAAAUGUGAACAGGUUCAGCAAUUGUUUAAAACUUGUAAAGCCUGUAACAGCCAUAAGUGUCGGGUGGUAACACACUAAACAUUUUAUGGCCGAGUACCAAAUCAUCUGCUUCACAUCGUUUGCUUCCAGUUGGAUGCAUAACAACAAUAUGCAAACUAGCAAAUUACUAAUGUGACCAGAUUGGUCAGAUGCCAGAAUGGGGCGGCGGGGGUAAGAGUCUUGAGAUAGAGUCGAGGUUCAACAUUUAUUCCAAUUUUGUCUGUGCGAAGGUAAACGUGAAGCUAAACCAGGACCUCUGGUUGCCUUACAAAGGCCUUUCGAAAGCUUUUACUAUCCAAUCAUGCCCAGGGUGGCUGAGCAAUUACGGUAGAAUUUCUCUUCAGUAAGCUUAUGCAAAAUCUUCAUUCCAUUCCUGCCUGUCUUCUUGUCCGGCAUUGACAACCUUGUGGGCUACCUUUGAAGGAUACAUCUUGUGCACUGUCCGUGACUUGUCGAGUGUUGAUUCUUGGGCGCUACCUUUGAAUGGUAAACCCUGUACACUGCUAAAUGCUGCACAAGGAUGAGCUUUGGUAGCCGGCAGUGCAAGACGGCUUGCGUGCGUUACUGGCCUGCCUCUGCUAUGAAGCAUUGUGGUGUUUAUUUUUUCUUUGUUUUGAUGAGUGCGUCAUGCACCUUGUUCACGUGGCAGUUGCCGCUGCACUGUUUUUUAUCUCUGCACUCUCUCUCUGAUGAUGUGCUCAAUAGAGCUGGUUGUAUUGUAUUAUUGUUCACACUCACUUAAUGCACUGUGGUGAAGGUGUGUACGUGUGGUCUUGUGGUGGUGAUGUUCACUUCUUUAAGGAGGGCUGGGUUUUUCCAGAGGCAAGUUGGACCAUUUUGACCUAGAAAGUGACUUUGAGCUCACACAUAUGUGGGUGUGAAUUCUUGCGUGCUUUCAUAGGUCUCGUCGAGGCAUGAGACCUUAGGGGAUCCAGUUGGCAUGUUUAAAGUCUUCCCACUAGAAGACGCAUCUGUCAUUCAGAGGAUUCUUGUAAAGUUGGCGUCUUUACAUGAAGGCACAAUUGGCAAUGAUUGUAGGUAACUAAAUUUUAGUUUACUAUCUGUCGGUAGCCUGGGUGGGGUCUGCAUGGCAAGAUGAUAGACGGGUGCAUGGUUCACCCAUACCACCGCACCUUGCUUAUAGAGUUACCAAAAUGGUACCUCCUUGCCUGCUUGUCAUACCGAGGUAAAGAUAUGAUUUUAAGUUAAACAGACACGUAAUACGCUUGUCAAAUUUUGCAUCAGUGUGCCACGUUUGUGCGUAAUGCACAUAGGAAAAUAUUGCAAAAAAAAAUCAGAAAUAAAAAAAGUUGGCAGGCAGAUGAACAGAAAGCUUCUUGAGGGCAUUUCACAGUGCGUAAAAUAGAGAUCUUCAGUAUAUUAGAAUUCUAUGCAAGGCACACUUAAGACUGAUUUUAAAUUAGGAAUCCCUUGAUGGAAGCACUAAUCUUUGUGCAGUUUGGCUGUUUGAGUUUCUGUUUCCGUAUUGCAAAUUAAUGUUUUGUUUGUGAGCCUUAGGGCAGGGCCUAAAACUUAGCAUUUAUUUGUCACGCGAACUGUGUUACAUACGCCUUGUCCCAUUAAAGAUAGGUUCACACAUCUUAAACUUUUAUCUCACUUGAUUUGCUUCACUAUGGCAAGAACGUACGAGGAUGGUACUGUGGUACCCUUUCCAAACGGUUCCCGCUUGCCUCUAGCAAAACCAGAGCCUUCGUGUCUUUGUGUUUCUUGGUGGACAUGUUCUUGGCUCUUCCUUUGUGCCCCUUUUGGUGCAAAACGCCACGACGAUGAAUCCUGUAAACACUGCGCCAUGUUGGAAGCAGUAGGUGAAACAGUGUUUUAAACUUCACUGCCACAUUCCAAAUCAGUUUGUGGCGUCUGUAAUGCCAGUACAAAAGCAUGCACAUAUUGCAACUGUUGCACAGGCUGCAAUAGUUCUAACUGCUCCAAUAAGAAGUUGUUGACUUUUGCUGCCACACGUGUGUGCAGCAAGUGGUUGAAGCUGUUCACUGAAAUAUUGCUCGCACUGCUAGUUGCUAAGUGAAUGGUGCCAUGAAUAGCCAUAAGUUAAUAUUGAAAAUUCAUUUUGUUGACGUUGUCCUUUCUUGUUCAUUUAGUCACACAUGUAGUUUUAUUUGAAGAAGUACUGACAUAACAUUUCCUACUUGUCAUUUUCUGUCAGUUUGUUGCGUUAAAUGAAAGUACAAACCCUCUAAUCUCAAGAAAAAUACUCUAGAAACGCACCGAGGAGGAGAGUGCAGCUACAAGAAAGGCUUGCAGCACUCUUUCUAUUGCAUAUUUUGUGAGCGCUGUUGUCAUAACUAGCCUUAUUGUUACAUGAUGCUAGUAGAUAUUGCCCUUUGUCAUGACUUCAUAGUAGCAUAGAUAAUGCCUGGGCUGUCAUUUUGAGGCCAGUAUUGGUGUCGAACUAAAGUAUCUCAUAAGUAUUUGCCGACCUUUAUGCUCCCUAAGUGUCAUGCUUUAUAGUAUGAGAAGCAUGUGGUUACAUCAUCAGAAAUAUGUCAGUACACCUUUAAAUGCAGAUUUGGAAUUUUAAUGAGAGGUGAAACAAAAAUGCUGCUUUUAUUUUAUUUUUUGUUUAUUAGUAUUCUACAAGUGCUACUGCCCAGAAACCUACUUUUACAGCUGUUAUGGCUUGUGUGCUUGCAUGGUAUAUUAAGCCAAUUAGUUAGUGCAUGCAAUAAGAAUUCUCUUGGAGCAUUGAACUUUAAUGUGAACUUGAAUAUAUGGGUGCCAGAAAAAUAAUGCAGUUCUGUGCAGUAAUGUUGAUUUGGAAGCUGUUCUGAAACAUGAGCCAACGCCUCGUGUGCAGUUGGAUAGGAAUUGUGGCUUGGCAUCGCAUGCAAAGGAUGGCAUUAAGCAGAAUUCAGUUUCUUUUUUCCCCCCGAUUGUUCUUAGCGAGUGAAUUUUGUGUGCAAGAACUGUUGAGCAAAGCUGAAGUGUAGCUAGGAAAAUAUAUUCACUUGCUACUUUGAACAUCAACAAUUGGGCAAACAUUUUUUUGAGCAGUGGUUACAUUUUCAUUGCAUGUUGGAAAAAUAACGCUCAAGUUUGUGAGUAAUUAACACCAUUGACUGUGAAGGCUUCUUUCUGCACCUGAUUCAUUAAUGCAUUAGUUUUGUGAAGUGCCCUCGUUUAUUUUAAAGAUAAUCCUUAUCAAUAGAAGUAUUGCAACAGUCAUUCUUAAUUAUAAUUACAGAAAAAAACAAGGGACAAAUUUUAUGCUUAGGUCGUGUUUGCAUGCUGUGUGACAGACACCUCUUGGGUCUUGUCCACACUCCAAUUAUGCACAGAAGUAGCAUUUUGUGGUGCGCUAUCUUGUUUAAUACGUCUUUGGAUGCAGUACUUCCUUGUUUCAUUCAAAAUGUGUUGUAACUACACGUUGUCUGCUAUGCUGUGGAACCAAAACUAGCUUAAGUAUGACGCCAUCUGUCAUUUCUUGCUGAAACAUGCAAUGUGCCAUGUCCAGUCAUAGCACUGACAGAUGGUGCUGCUGUUGACAAGAAGAAAGAUAUAUUUUUUUUUUCAACAUCACCAUAGGUAAUGCUUACUUUAGGGUUGGGCAAAUAUUCAAAGUUUCAAAUGCAAAUCAAAUGUUACUCUUUAACUACUUGUACUCUCAUUCAAAAAUUAACUAUUGGGCGUUUUCGAAUAUCAAAGCUUUACCAAAUACUUUGCUGAAGGCAUCUUUAAAAUCUCGUUGUGGUUCUCCGUCUGCUAAACAAACUCUGCCAAGUUGUAAGAGGAGAAGCAACGACAAAAGUUUUCAAACCAAGGAAAAAAAAGAAAAUGUGCAAUGCCAGCUUUCUUUUUCGUUUCGCAGCUGAACCGUAUACAUGACAACCUGCAAUUUUUCUUGUAGUCUGUCAUUUAAUGUUUAUGGCACUCUAUUCAAGUAGCAGUUUUAUAAGUGUUAUGCUACAAUGGGUGAUCUUUUCCUUGCAACAGUCCCUAUUACAUGUGUCUACAGUACACAAGUCCUUCAGCAGCUUUUUCUUUUCUUUUCGCACUUUUUUUUCUUUUUUCCGCCAAUCAUUUAUUUAGUGUUCUUGGAAAGCUAGUCAUACAGCAGCCAUUCAUUGCUCAAAAGCUUGUUCACAACCAAGCUCUAAAUAUGUUGAGAGGCUAUUCCUGCAGUUCCUUUUUUUUUAAUGACAAUUAGUAAUCUUGUGUUUAAAACCAAUCCGAAUUGUCCCUGAUUGUUAGCUGUCCAUUUUUUCUUAGUCAUUAGAAGUUUGGUACCUAAAUAUAUGGAAGUAAAUAUUCCUGCUGUAAAUGUAUGCAUCUGCGUUUGACUAUUUGAUAUUUCAUUCGAUGCUUACUAUUCGUAUUUGAUUUGCAUUUGAAAAAAGCUAAUAUUCACCCACCUCUACUUAUUUCUUACUCUGAAUGAAACUGAAAGGUACUGUAUCUGAACACGAUGUCAAACAAAACACUUGGCAAAAAGCUAGCUCUGUACACAUUUUGAGCAUGGAUAAUGCAACAUCUUAGCCACAAGAGCCAUUUGCACCUGUUUCAUUAUAUUAACGCAACAUUUGCUCCAUGCCUUAAAACGAAAGAAUAGUGUUUUCACAACCAUACAACACUAGAAAAAAGACACAUACAAAGGAUGCAACACAAGCACUGUGUAAUUGUGUCAUGUCCGUACUGUGCAUUCCUAUUAUUAUUAUUAUUAUUAUUAUUAUUAUUAUCACAUUUUUUGCACUCUAAGCCAUCAUUUACGGGUGGGGCUGAAUGUCAAUUAUACUGAACCUAUUUCAAUUUAAAUACAAAAGCUUCGGUGUUUCAAGAAAACCCGUGUUUUGUAGCUGAGAGUGGCAUGAUUCGAAAUCGGCACUUGAUUAAGUUAAAGCGUUAAGUUGAUCUUAAGGUUGGUGUGCGUGAUCUGUCAGCCCAUUGCUGGCACUCACAGCGGGUGGUCCACUGAACUCCAUCGAGGCAGUGUCUGAGACAUUAAUAUUCAACUCACUAAGAAAGGGGCAUGCUUGGUUAAUGUCCUCAAGAAAGAUUGACGUGUGUAUUAUGGCAUGAACAUCACUAAACCGCUGGCUAAACCAGCAUAUGGUGCUGUUGAGCAUGUGGAAUGUUCUUGUCAGAUCAGCUUCCAGUCUCAACAUUUUUGAAUGAGCAUUAUGUUUGAGUCUGUUUUGUUGCUUUAACCAAAGAACUGUAAAACCAUUGCAAAGAUGUGCUUUCUUUCACGCUAUUAAUAGCCAAUGGUUAUCACUAAUGUCUCAUGAGUGACGAUGCCGGUGUUGCAUGUUUGUUAAAGAUUGGGACUUCCUGCUCCUUGUGGUGAAUGUUAACAUUUGUGCUGCAAGACCAAGCUGCACGACUUGCAUUUGAUAGCAAUUAGAUUGAUUACAGUGCAGCAGUUCGAGUUCAUAGAGAGUACAAUGCAUGGCUCCUGAAAUGCCGUAAUGUCUGCAUUGUAGUUGCACCAUGUCUUUAGGGGUGCACUCUUGGCUGUAGGGCUUUUUGAGACGAGUGUUGUUUGCAUCCCCGAUUGCAUUUUUGUGCGUGGGCCCCAACAACCUGUACAUUUCCAAGCCACACUGUUCUAGCCACAGGAUAGCUUUCUUUUUUCAGACAUAAAAUAAGGGAAUGCGAAUACAUUCUUCUACAGUAUUUCAAAAAGGCAGAAGAGGAUGUGAUAAAAAUGUUUCUGCUUGCUCAAAUUCAGCCUUUUGCCUCACCUUACGUAUGUUUGUGGCUAGUGAAUAUCUUCAGUUCAUCCAUGACAUAGACGUUCCCAUAUAUUGCUAUAGAACUGUUGUUGCUGUUGCUAUAGUGUGUGUAGCUCUAAAGUGUCCAGAACGGGCUUUGCUACAUUUUUCUCUCUGAGCCUUUAGGUUGGUUUAUACUUUGUGAACAUUCUUACAGUGCUCUUAAAGCUUAUUCAUUCAUUCCAAUCUGCGAUGUACAAUUUAUGCUUUUGCAAAAACUUCAGUUACAUGUAUUGGUCUGAGAGAGCACUGGCCAAAAUCUUUGAUGUGAGAUAUGUUUAUGGGAGACUCUGCAAAGGCUGGUGUCUGUAUGUUUCAGUGUCACUUUGUCCCACAUUACAUGCCAUCGGCAUCCUAGGCAGUUUUCUACAGCCCUCCUACGUGGUUAUGAUGCAUUCACUUGAACUGGUUAAAUUCCCAUCUCUGAACUGUGCAAAACAAAAAUGAGUGAGAAGGUGACAUGAUGCUAAGACUGCACAGGUCUUGUGUUGUCUUCUUGCAUAUCUGUCUUUGAUGCUGUUCGCAGUGUGGAUGUACAGCCUACCCUGGAAAACUUCGGGUGACAUCAUGUCCAUGUCAUUCUAUCUUUCUUAACGGCGAAUUUGUGAAAUGUAAUCAUGUUUGCUUGCAUAGCUGCAGCCUCGUUUCGGUGCAGGGUUCUGUCAUUGCAUAGAAAUUUGCAGUUGAAGUGCCAUGAUUUCAAGCACUUGCUCCAUGAUGCACACUUUUUGCUUCUUCGAGUGAGGUGUGAAUUGAGUGGUUUUUGUCACAAGAGUUAGGGGUAGCAAAGCCCAGUUCUGGAUGCACGACUGUCAUGGCCAAGUCCGAGCUGGUCCGCAAAUGAUCUGGAAUGUCAAAAGCAUGCCACGAUGAGGUUUUUGCGUACUGUUCUCUGCACAGAUCGGUGUAUGACAAUGCCUCAAAGUGUAGCCUGUAAAAAAAAAAAAGUCAUACAAAACGCGGUCGUGUAGUUCAUCGCGUCUUGUAUGGCGAUCGUUGGCAGCUCUUUAUAUACGCUCCGUUUUAAGACGGUAUACUCCAAACCAUUUCUAUACUAACAGGUUUUGUCACAACAGCCAAAAAAACGUGGAUACUGCAAUGUAUAUGUGGCAUACAUGUUGACUUUUACAAUGUAAGGCAUUUCACAUUUACAAGUUGUCUGCUGUUAAAAGAUUGUGUGCUCAUACAACUCCAGCAUAUUAUUUAUUUUUUAUCUUAUCACUUGUCAUGUUGGUAUCCUGUUGUGUGGUGUAUUCACCAUAUUGCAAUGUUUUGUCUUUGUUGGCACUGUUAAGUAUGACAACUGGGCACUGGAACUUGCAGAUGCCUAGCAGCAAUGUAAAAGUUACGUUCUGUUCAACAUUGCAAGAAGCUUUCCAGUCUGUGGAAAUCUGGGGCCACAGAAUUAUUUUUUCAGGACUCUGAGUUUUUGCUUUGUAUUAAUAUACGCAAGUGCAACUGCAUGAAAGCACAAUUUUCUGCCAGCUGAAAUAUGCGCUUUUGCAGCAAUACUGCUUUUGGAAAGCUGUGUAAAUUUGUAGCAACUAUUGACAUUGUUUAGUCUAUGUUUGAAUUAUUUUGUCAGAUUCUUUUAUAGAAAUGCCUCUCAGGCAACACAAAUAUCACUUUGUCAGUUUUGUAGAGACAGUAAUUGCUGUUUGUGUUUGGUAAAGAUUAUUACAAUGUGAAACAGUAUAUCUUCAUAGACCUUCGUGAAGUUACCGUCACAUUAUUGAAGUACCAUUCCAGCAAAAUAUUCCAAUAUAUGAUCUGAUAAAAAGGGGCUUUGUGCGUUAACAGUUAUAAUGGUGGUGAUCACUUAUGAUCGUAAUCUUCCUAGUGCUGUAUGUGAUGUAAAGGUUGUGUUCACAUCAAGACAUUGCUGCUGGACAUUUAGAGCUUGCAAGCUUAUCAUGUUCCAGGGUGUUAAUUGUUGUUCUUUGCUUUCAACGAUGUUUAUGUGCAAAAAUAUUUUGUUGUACUAUGGCGGUUUCAAUUGUAAAAGGAAAAAAAAAUUCUAGAAGGCAUACGGCAUCCUCAUUUGUGUAAUAAAAUUAUUUCAAGAUUGCCACAA